AUGGAUCAAGUUUGUCAAUUAUAUAGAAAUCAAACCAGAAACAAAGAAUCACUUUCAUAUAGAAGAAUUAAUUCUCCUGGACUUCCUAAUUCAUCUUUAAGAUCAAGUUGUAAAGGAGAUAAAAAAAGAUUAGAAAUUGGAUUGAUUACAGAUAGAAAAUUAAGUGAAAGUCCAAAUUUCGAUAGGAUGUUUUCAACUGGAAACUUUAAAAUUUAAUAGUAAAAGAAUAGCAUAAUUGACAUUCCAUAACCUUAAUCUCAAGUUCCAAAAAUGGAACCUCCUGUAAAGAGAAAUUUGAGAAUGAUUGAAAAAUUGGAAUCAGAUAAACUUUGUUUAAAAAUAUAUGUAUCUGAAGAAGAUUAAAAUUAAUUAAUAUUUACAGGGAUUAGUAAAGAGAAAUUAUAAUCACCUAAACAAAAUAAAAAGGCAUUAAUUAAAAAUUUGUAAUAGCUAUUUUAGAAAGGUAUCAAAGAUUAAAAUAAAUACAUUAAAUUAGAAUCUUUAGAGAAGCAAGUAAACCUUGAAAAUCAAUAAUAUUAUGGACUAUUAAAAAACAAUAAUAAUGAAUCUAGCAAAAGAAUAAUAACAUAAAAUAAUGAAAGCAAAUCAAAUUUAGAUAAAUCUCUAUCCAUUUCAACCAUAUAAGAAUAUAAAUCUAAUACAUCCAGUAAAAUUAACAAAGACUUAGAGAUAUUAGAAAAUGGAUUAAACAAAUAAAAAAAUUAUUAAUAAACUUAUUCAAAUUCUAAGUUUUAAAAGUCAUAACCAUUAGGAACAUAUAAUUUAACUAUAAAUUUAAAACAAAAAUAGAAAGAUUGUAAAAUUUCAUCUUAAAAUAAAAAGGGACCGUCACCUUCUUUCUCUUAAUAACGAAAUUCCCAAUAAAAAUGUAUAAAUAAAAUGAAAUCAAAUGCCAAAUCAUUACAUGUAUGA